AUCACCUUCUCAAGCCCUGCGAGCUGGGGCGGAUGAGCAGGCGGAGCUGAGCAUUGGUAAUGAGUCUUGGAGUGGAGUGACCAAGCCAGGAGCUCCUGCGGCGGCGCAGCAGCCCGGAGCUAGGACCCUUGAUCGGGCCCGCCCCGCUUGGCCGGCUCCAGCCGGCUCCGGCGGGGUGUCCAGCGUGGCCCUGCCCCAGCAGCCUGGCUUACAUCGGAAUCUAGUCCGUAAGUUUUGGUCGUGAGACUUAGCUCCCCGGCUUCUUGGAAGAGAGCCCACCUCUGACUGGGACGUUUAAGGACUUCUUAGGUUUGUACUUUAAGUGAGUUUUGCAGUGCUUCGCUUGAAAUUACGCGAUUUCGAAGGCUCCCAGAAGCUCAAGACGUAAGUUCCUGACAAAAGACCCGCUUGCCCAUAGGCGUUCUUGCUGGGAAACUGUGGUGAUCGGAAAACUGCUGUCCAUUCAGAGCCUUCAGCUCGGAAAUGACUAGCUGAUGCGUGGUUUGGAUGAGUGGGUCUUAACCAACGCCACUCCUCCAUGAAAGGUUCAGAGUUCAGGUCGCAACAUUAUACCUACUGAUUCUUUGGUGGGAUAUCAACCCCUGAAAGGUCUCUGAAGUCACAUACCCAGAAUCCUGCCUGUUGCCUUUUCAGAGUGUGUCCCCCAAGCCCUAAUCUUCCCGCUUCUCCUGACCUGUGAAGAACUCACCCACAUGUAUAAAGUCAAGCCAUCUUCCUGUUCUGCAUGCCUCCCUUAUGCGCCGACUUGUGCACUUCUCUCCAGUGGCCUUGCCUGUACUCCAGAUGCUAAACCAAAUGAUGCGCUUGAAAGCAGAUUAAAGGCACUGUAAGCUUUGCAAAGGUAUUGGAGCUCGCUGAGUGUGGCUGCUCAAAGGGUUACAGUGCAUGUGCACAGAAAACCACUGGAGCAACUGCGUGAGCCCGUACAUAGAACUUAAUGAGGAAUGCCAGGGCGGACGAAUUUGGAUGUGCCAGUGUCCUCAUCCUAUAGUGUUCCAUUCCUUUGCAAUCCCAGAGAAAAUGUUGCCAGAAGAAGAUAUUAUGUGGAAUGAGACCUUUUACCAUAUCUUAUGACCAGUAUGUAUUAAGAAACACAUCUGUUCUACAAAUACGAAGUUCUAUAGUCUUGAAGAAACAAGUGUCCAUUCACUACAGACCUGAGAACAUGAGAAUGUUUGUUAGUGGCAGAAGAGUCAAAAGAUGGCAGUUCUUUCAGUUAUUUGCCACUUGUUUUAUAUUAAGCUUCAUGAUCUUUUGGGGUCCAAUCAAUAAUCACAUAGUGAACCACAUGAAGUCUUACUCCUACAGAUACCUCAUAAACAGCUAUGCCUUUGUGAAUGAUUCCCUAUCUCUCAAGGACAGCUCUGAGCAAGCUCACUACCCAUACUUGAUCAACCACGAAGACAAGUGUCAGGCUCAAGAUGUUCUCCUCUUACUGUUUAUAAAGACUGCCCCUGAGAACUAUGAUCGGCGUUCUGCAAUCAGAAAAACAUGGGGCAAUGAGAAUUAUGUUCAUUCUCAAUUUAAUGCCAAUAUCAAAACUCUGUUUGCAUUAGGAAUUCCUGGUCCACUGAAGGGAAAAGAUUUACAAAGAAAACUGAUUUGGGAAGAUCAAGUGUACAAGGAUAUAAUUCAGCAAGAUUUUGUUGAUUCUUUCUACAAUCUCACUCUAAAAUUACUUCUUCAGUUCAGCUGGACAAACACCUUUUGUCCACAUGCCAAAUUCCUGAUGACUGCCGAUGAUGAUAUAUUUAUCCACAUGCCAAACCUCAUUGAAUACCUUCAAGAGCUAGAGCAGACUGGUGUUCGAGACUUUUGGAUUGGUCAUGUUCAUCGUGGUGGCCCUCCUGUUAGGGAUAAAAGCAGCAAAUACUAUGUUCCCUAUGAAAUGUACCAGUGGCCGGCUUACCCUGACUAUACAGCUGGUGCUGCCUAUAUCAUCUCCAGCGAUGUAGCUGCCAAAGUCUAUGAGGCAUCUCAGACGCUGAAUUCCAGUCUGUACAUAGAUGAUGUGUUCAUGGGCCUCUGUGCCAAUAAAAUGGGGAUAGUGCCACAGGACCAUGUAUUUUUUUCUGGGGAAGGGAAGGUUCCUUACCAUCCCUGCAUCUAUGAAAAGAUGAUGACAUCUCAUGGACACUUACACGAUCUACAGGACCUCUGGAUGGAGGCUACAGAUCCUAAAGUAAAGAACAUUUCGAAAGGUUUUUUUGGUCAAAUAUACUGCAGGUUAAUUAAGAUAGUUCUCCUCUGCAGGUUGACUUGCAGGAAUCCAUAUCCUUGUAAGGCUGCAUUUGCUUAAUAGUAUUUGAAUGAUGUACUGUGUUCACUGUCACUGAGCCAAACUUGAACGAAAAGAAACAAACCUGUAAAUGUUUCUCUCCUCCCUAAGCCAAAAGAAAUGAAAGCAAAGAGAUCAUUUCAAAUCCCAGGGUACUGAAGUGUUCUUUGAUUACAGAGACUAGUCAAUAUAACAUGUAAUUCAUGGCUUAAAUCCAUUUCAAGGAAUUCAUAUUUUAAAAGAUUUAGACCACAAGCAAAAGCAAAAGUAAAGCAAAGUUUUCACGUUUUCAUUUGGUGCCACAUGUGUAUUUAAGGUAUGGAGAACAAUGGAGAAGCCCUGGUACGAAAUGAUAGUUUUGGGGAAACACCAAACAAAUGUAUAAAAUAGGAUUUAUAAGAAAUUUUACCGUUAGAAUAAGCAAUCCAAAUUAUCUUUAUUAAAGACUGCUUGGUAGAGGUGGUAGGGGCAGGUGAUACAGUAGAAAGUAUACCAACCUGAUGAAAGUUUCUUUCUAAUGAGGAUAUAUAGGAAAACGUCUAUACUUUGUUAACGUUAAAUCACCUAACAUUGACAUUCCUGUAGAUAUUUAUCUGGGCAGUUCUGGUGUCAUUUAAAAAUAUAUCAUUUUCUCAAAUUUAGUAUUAUUUUUUUUCAAGAUGGGUUUCUCUGUGUAGCCUUGGCUGUCUGGACUUGCUUUUGUAGACCAGACUGGCCUCAGACUCACAGAGAUCUGCCUGCCUCUGCUUCCCUAAAUGCUGGUAUUACAGGUGUGUGCCACCACACCCAGGUCUCAAAUUUAAUUUUUAAUGUAAAAUUUGAGAAAGUUAUCAGAUUUGCCCUAGCCAGUCCUUUUGUAUGCUUUCACUCAAGUUAUAAAAUAGGAGGAGUUCCUGGCCCCUGGAGGCCUUCUCUAAAGAUAAAUCACUGUCAACUCCAAUAAGAUGGUUUUAAUUUAAUGAAUUGUUCAAUUGCUUUUAAAGCAUUAAAUAUUGGCCUUUGUUUAGGUAGUUGCUUGAAUGUGGCUUUCAUAGAGGAAUGUAAUAACGGAAGAGCAGAUAGGGCUAGGGGCGUAACUCAGCACCCAAAAGGAAAAGACAAAGAAGCUUCAAAGAUCUCUUUUCCUUGUCACUUGUAAUAUGCUAGCUUUGGCAUCCAAAUCAUAGCACUCAUUACUCAGAUUAACCCACUGCUUACCAAGCUCUCGUAGGCCACAGGAGUGGUUCCAAGGGCAGACUUUUAACUUGAAAGCUUUUACUAUUGCUAUUUUACUAUUGCUACCUGUCUAAAAUAAUUCUUUUAUUUGGGUCAGUAACUAUCAUAGGUUCUCUUUUAAAUAUUUCAAAAAUGGGAGCAGAGUAAGAGUGACAGAGAAACUGACCAAAUGAGACUGAGAGUUUUGGUAAAGCUGCAGGUUCUUUGUAAUCGGUGGUUUGGCAGAUCUAAUAAAGCAAAUUACACUUAUUUUACAAAAGAGGAUUAAAAAUUGUGGUUGGGAUGCUAAGGGUGCACCAGCACAGAAAAGACUAAAUGAUGUCCAUCGAAGAGGCCAUGUGAUGCAGGCCAAACAUGACUUCAGCAAAAGCAGAUGGACUGCUCAGACAGAAGCACAUACUAGGGAAAGUUCAGCUACCAUUAUUAGGAUGGUGUUGGAAACAAUGUUUAAAAAAAAAAUUUAAGGAUUUCUCAGAAACAAAUGAUAUCUGUGUUUUUGCAGGUAGAUUUUUUUAAUGUUUACAGAAACCUUUGAAAAAAAAUUUUGAGAUUUGAGGCUUGUUUACACUUUGCUUGGGUAAUUUCUUACUAAUCUCAAGACUGUAGGGUUAAAUAUUCUAAGAUAGUUAUUUUUAGGGUAGGUUCUGGGUUUUAGAUUAUGACAGUUCAGAUUUUCUGAUUAAUUUUUUAAAACUUAGAGAAUAAAAGCUUAAUUUGAAAAGCAGUUUCAUAGUUAAUCCUUACCAGUUGGCCCCUGAUAGCUGCUGGCUUUGAGUUCUGUGUGCCCGUGUUUCUAAUUGGAACUGAUGAAAGUUGCUACUGGCUGGAAAAUUGUCAUCUCUCUGACCGCUGAGGUGGUCUUGUUUACAUUAGUACUUUAUGAAGCAAUUAUUUAUUUGUUUGAUUAAGCUCUCUUGAACUGUGUUCACCUUUUUGAUUUUUGCUUAGAAUAGAACGAAACUGGUUUGAAGUUAAAGGAAUUACAAAGGUACACUGUCCUUUGUUAGAUAAUUCCAUCAGAAAACUCAAAGCCCUGAAAAGUGUUUGUAAACAGAGCUGUUCUUACCUUUUAAAAAGGAAAGAAAAAAAAAUUGGUGCUCUAAUGCAGGGCUGUUUUCAAAACAAAAACAAAAACAAAAAAAAAAAAAAGGAAAAUAAACUAUUGGCCUAGAUGGUUGUUUGAAUAAAAAAAUGGCCGUGCACAGUAUUAUUGCUAAAAACCUCUUACCUCUUUAUUGGUUUGCAACUUUUUUCAGCUAUUAAUUUUAUACCAGAAUAUUUAUAUUGCUUGAGUUUUAAUCUUGAAGGGCAAAAUAAUUAGGAGGUUUUAAAAAAAAAAUCUAUGUUUUCAAUAAAUAAAAAUAAUCAGUAAUGUGUAUUUAAACUCCUGUGUGGGCAUCACUUCUGUACAAUCACCUUCUUUUCGAUAUGAGAGAAGUCUGUACUACGCACCCAUUGUCCGGUUUGUCUUCACGUUGUUGCUGUGCUCAGUUCAGACAGUUGUCAAGUGUUCAUUAUGGAGCUGCAUAAGGAGGUCUGCUUCUGCGUCUGUGGGAACAUGCUGCUUUCUAAUCUUUUGUUCAGAACGGCAUGACAAAAAGAACGUGCAGUUCUAGUGUAGUUAUUUGCCUUUUGAAGAGGUUAGACUUUAUUCAUUAGCUAAAUAAAAGAAC